AUACUAUAGGCCGAUUACUUCAUGCUCCCAUAUCUACAAUUUUUUUUGGUGGAAUCCCAUCUCUUCAUUGAUUGAUAAAGGAGGGAGGCAGGGAGCCCAUAUGCUCAAGAAUUUAUGUCAAUCACACACUUCUCUCUUUUUUUUCAAAAGGAAAACAUCUCUUGUCACGUUGGGUGACAAAACACCUAAGACCAGCUCAUUUACGUUAUUUUGUGCUCAUUCGCGUCAUUUUAUGUUCAUUCACGUAAUACUAUGAUGAUUUAUGUAAGAGUGUAAGUUUUUCUGGAAAUUCAGACUUUCCCCCCUUAUAAUUUGUAUUGGCUAUACGUUAUGAAAUUAAAUUUGGAUUAUCAAUUAAACUGUAAAAAUAUGUUGCAUUGAUCAUAAUCUACACAAUGACAUCCAUUUUGAUAUAUUUUAAAGUUUAAAAUUUUAUUUUACACCGGCGUGAAUAAUUAACAAUAUGCGUGAAUGAACAUCAGGUUGCGUGAACUAACAAUAUUGGUUGCGUGAAUAACGCAAAUAUGACCUGAAUGAAACAAAUAUGACGUGAAUACAUCAAAUAUGGUGUGAAUAACCUAAAAUCAGGUGUUUUGUCACCUAACGUGACAAGCAAGGUUGUCAAACUGGUUUGUGCCAGUGUGCCGGUUUAGCAAGUGAAAUGGUUCGACCGGUGGUACAUAUCGGUUUGUGCCGGUUCAUGCCGGUUAAUAUUACAAAUAAUUUACAAAUACUCAUAUUUAAGCACAACAUUUAACGUCAAUACCUAAAUAUUUGUACUUGAAUCCAACAAAUAGCAUCAACAUUUAACUUUUUUAACACAUAAAAUAAAUAAUAAAUUACUUUUAUCAAAUAAAUUCACUAAUAUAAGAUCAUUUUACUUAGAGAUUCGUAUAUCGAUCAUGCCGGUCAUACCGGUGGUGUCAUACCGAUUUUAUGACCGGUACAGGUUCAACCAGUGGCACGCUGGCCGGCGUGACAACCAUGGUGACAAGAGAUUUCACUCUCUUUCAAAAUACAAACAAACCAUAUAAUACCAAAUACCUUCACCUCUACUCUAUAGCUAGCUGCUACCAAUAAGCCACAAGAACAAACCCAAAUUUCCCUACUUCUUCAUCUCUCUUCUUAAAGCAAUCUACCCCUUCUUUUUUCUUUAUUGAACUCCACCAAGAGCUAAGAACAGGGUAGCCGCCAUGAUUUGCUUUACCGGGAAGAAGAAAUGCAGCAGUGCUAAAGAAGGAGAGAGAGUGAAGCUACUGGAAGAGGAGUUGGAAGCAAUCAUGUACGACAGAGAGAAACAGAGCAAAGCCUAUGAGAGGGAUUUCAUGGUUUUCGCAUUCAAGGAAGCAGAGUGGAAGCAAGAGAAGAGGAAGCUCGAGGAGGAAGUCAAGAGGCUGAAGAAGCUUGUGGAAGAGAAAGAAGAGAUAGAAUGUAAUAAUGCAGAUUGGCAACUCGCAGCUGGGACUGCCACUAACUUGUUGCUGCAGCAAAUGAGGGAGGAAAGGGCACUCAGAGAUGCAGCUGCUGAUAAAUGGAAGAAGCUCUACCUUGAUAUCAAAUCCGAGCUUGAUGAUCUCAUUCAGAACACUCAUCCUGCUGGAGGUGGAUUGAUGUGCCGCAGAGCAGCAGAGGAAGAAGAAAACUUGAUGAUACAGGAGCUGAAGAUGGAACUGAAGUUGAAGGAAGAGACGAUAGACGAUCUGAAAGCGAGACUCGUCGCGGCGGAGCGGGGAGAGUUCAACAGGGCACGGGAGGCAGACAUUCUGCGGCAGAGUUUGAGAAUCGUCGGCAGCAGGAACAAGAACAAGAAGCCUUCCACCAGCUUCGUCCUCGGCGGUAAAGGUAAACCCAACUUCUCAUUCGUCAAACGGGUGGUGAAAGUACGUAGCAGCGGAUUAGGAGCAUAAUUGUUACAGCAGAAUUAAUGAAGACGAUGAUCAUUCAUCAAUGUAUAGAAGGACAGCAAGUGCAUAAUGAUAAUGGUGAUUCUGCAGUAAUUGCUGCUGUGGUUUAGUUUUUCGCCAAAUGGAAACAUUCAAAGUGUGGAAUGAAGUUAUGAUAUGCUGGACCACAACUAAGAGUUAAAAGAAGUGACCUGCAAGAGAACAGUUAUGGCCGGAGCCCACGCACUUUUAGUGGCAGAGAGCAGUGAAUGUGAUGAACAAAAUGAUAAAAAGGCUGAUAGUAGACCUUAAAGUUACUUAGAAAGUAUUAGGGGGGUGUACGAUGGGUCGGGUGGAUCGGGUUAAUCCGCUAUUUUCGUGAUAGAUACAGAUACAAGUUUAUGGUAACUUCAAUGCACAAUGCGUAGAGAAGCAGGAUCGAAUCGUCAAUGCAGCAAUUUGGUUACGGAUUAUGGGAAGAAGAUUGGAGAAUUACGGUGGAACCAUUGAAUCAACCGGAGAAGGAGGAGGAGAAUUACUUACCAUGAGUCCAUGACCAGAUUUUGGUAACCUAAUACAACCAAUCAAGUGAUACUAUCACA